UGACAGAUCUUUGGACUUCAUUAGACAAAAAAAUAAAGUGAUUGUGUGCAUGAAAAAUCACUUUUAUGUUAAGCAAAGCAAUUUAAUUAAAUCUUUUGUUUUUUUUUCUUAAACAGUAAAAAGCACAUGAUAAUGAUAAUAUUUUAUCUGCCAGUGCGUGCAUAGUGUGUCACAUUUAACACAGUAAAACAUCACAAAUUCUAUUGUGUGUUUUGUUGGAAAACACCUUACACAAAAUGGAUGAUAACAUUGUCGCUAACAAUGUUUCUGUUUUGGCAAUAUUGGAUAGCCAAUCGGCUGAAGCAUACAAACCUUCUUUGAGUAUGACUGAAUAUCAUACUCAUAAUCAUGAACACAGCACUAUCAACCACAGCCAAACUCACAGCCAUACUUUUAACCAAGAAGAAAUCGAUGGUAUAGAAAACAAUAAGCAAAGUAUUGUGUGGACAAAAAACUCAACCAUUACACUUUUAAGCUUAUAUGAAACCAAAAUGUCUAUGUUAGAUAAUCCGAAAAAGAAAUCCAAAAUGUGGACAUCUAUAGCUGAAGAGUUAAAGGCUAUGGGUAUAGAGGUAACGCCAGACCAAGUUAGGUGGAAAAUAAAUGCCCUUACCAAGAAAUAUAAAGAUUGCAUUGAUAAUGGCCAAGGAUCAUCUGCAUUCAAAUACUUCAAUGAAAUGAAUCAAAUUCUUGGACUACACAGUGACGCUAGUGGAACUUAUCGACUGGCAUCAGGAGUAAUGCAUGGUCCAGAAAGUUCAAAUAAAGAGAGGUGUUUUAAAAAUAUGUCCAUGAAAAACUCUGUGCCAUACAGAAAACUCAGAGCUGAGCGAAAAGCUAAAAUAGAAUUAGAUAAACAAUGGAUUGAAUACAUACAAAAACAAGACGAGCAACGAAAUAUAAGAGACGAAAGAUUCGAAAGGAAUUUAAGGUUAAGAGAAGAAGAGUUGCAGUUACGAAAAAAGGAGUUGGAAAUGAAACAUUCACUAGCUUUGAAAAAGUUACAACUAAGAGAAAGGAAACAAGAAGAAAUGCUUAAAAUUGAAAGGGAGAAAUGCGCAUUACUCAGAAAAUUACUGGCUAAUCAAUCAUAAUCUUCUUAUUGUUAUAUUUAUAAUAAUUAUAUUUAUUUUGUAGUGUUGUUAAUAAUU